AUGGUCACCGAGAACGGUGUACGAAAUCAGCUUAAAGUACUGGACAAAGACAAAACUACUUCAUGUUAUCAAAUUAAGCAGAAAGUUGACGAAAUCCUUGCAACCUUAUCCAGUGAAGUUAAGAACGUUUAUGAAAAACUCUUGGAAGCCGAAAAGAUGGAAGAAGAAGCAGAAUAUGAAUAUAAAAAAAUCAAAUAUAGAAAUCAAGGUUUAAUGAAAAAAGUUGAAUAUAUUGAAAAAGCUUAUGCAAUAAAGAAAGACAUGUCGUUAUCAAAAGGUGAACGAAAGGCUAAGCUUCGAGUACUGAAGCAACAAUUUGGAGAGGAUUAA